UCACCUGAACGGCUCGCGCUCGGCUAUUCAUAGCGCGCUGAACGGAUUGACGCAAACAAUAAACAAACAGCAUCUCCUUAUAUGAUGACAAAUCAGGGCUCAGUUCAGAGCUAAUGCUCGCUGUGAUUUAAUGGAUGCAUACAAGGCCGAAUCUAUAAUAUUUUUCUUGUUAAAACAGUGCAGCGGGCCAUGUUGCUAACAAAAUAUUUUGAUAACGACAAUAUCCUCCGAUUGAAUUUAGCGCUGCAUAUUAAGAAAUGCUACAGUAUUUUACUGAUUUCAUGCUCUGGUAUUAGUAAACCUAGCUUUUAUUAAUGUAGCGUCAGCUUACAUAGUCAUGUUAUUUCUUCAUGACAAUACGAUGUCUGAAAAACAGACUGUCUGAAAACACAGACAAAUUAACAAGGGCCUCUGACUAGACAAUAUGCGCGAGGGAAUGUCGUUUAUGUAACAGUACGUUUUCUCAGGGUUUAUUUUGCUGUACAAUAUGAAUUAUCAUUAUUCAUAUUAAUAUAAUAUUUGAUAGGAUUCAGAGCUGUGUUCGUAAGUUGUUGGUGCAUUUGCAAUUUGAUCAGGUUCGCUGAUUCCAGACUACUGUUUCUAGGGAGGUAAACACACAACAGUGUACUAUGAACUAACCGCGUCUCUUAUUUAGUGUAGUGAUCUGGACAAUAGCCUGCUGUGUUUACACGCUUGAUAGUGAAACGAACGUGCGCAGAUUUCUCCCGAAACGGUUUCUUGUUCUUUAAAUAGCCAUGGCAACACUGUAGAUUCGACGUUUAGGUGCUGAUGCAGAAGAUGAAAUGUUGCCGUGGUUACCAAACACAAAGGGAUGUGGAAGGCAGAAAGCCCGAACAAAGGAAUGGAACACAACAGACUGUGCGACCAAAACAUGGAUUGUUACGUCUUCAAGAGCUUAUUUUCUGUGCCUUUACAUUUUGACGCGUACUCUGUUCUGAAGAUCAUGAUCGUCUGGAUGCUGGUGCUGUUAGCUGACUUUAUUCUGGAGUUCAGACUAGAAUACCUGUGGCCAUGUUGGCUCUUUCUAGGGACCGUCUACACCACAUUCCACUGUCAUGGACUGGCCAUCUGUGUGGUUUUUGUGUGUGCGGCAUUUACCCUGGACUUAUUCUGUUUCAUUUUUGUACCCUUACACUGGCUGUUUUUUGCAGCCAGCACAUAUGUCUUACUCAACUAUAUGUGGCAUACAGAAAAGGGAAUCUGUAUGUCAUCUGUGACAUUAUGGAUACUCUUAGUGUAUAUGGAGGCCUCUCUACGGUUGCGGGACCUGAAAAGCCCUCAUGCAAAUCUGUCCCAUCUAUUUGCUGCACACUGCAUUGGUUAUCCAUUAGUGUACAUGGGAUUUGAUGCAACAUGCUACUUCUCCAGUAUGUUUAAGAUGCGCCCUCCCAAAUCAGCUCAGAGCGAGAACGACCUCCACAUGGAUCUCCUGCAGCAAUCCCUACCUCCUUCCAUGCAUCUCUACCCAAAAUUAUGGGUGGAAGAUCCCAAAUAUAAGGUGGCCAAAUCCAGGCCGAUGCAAUACCAGUGUCCAUCCAAUUCCAUCACCACAGAGGACAAACAAAACAUGGAAGACUGCCUUCAAAUCCACAGACUUCCUGCGAGACCCGAAAGAGAUGCAAAUCCACAAACCCCAGGACUCAAGCACCGUGGAGGGGAACUUCAUUUGGACUCUACAUCCAUGCUAGAAAUGACUGAAAACCUACCUCAGGAGGAUCAGAGCAGCAAAGCUCAAAGACCCUCCAAGAGCUCCUUGCCUAAAGUGCAUCGAGGUUCAGUGAAUAUCCCUAACAGCAAAGGGGAGAAGAGGCAGAAAACCCCCAAAGCCAUCAACACAAUAGGGGACUCUGUUGAAAGGUGCUCGUCAAACAUCUCCCCGAUUCCUCUGAACCCACAUGCUGAGCAGAUGCUGAAGCUGGAGCAAGAAAUGAGGAAGGUGAAGGGAGAGCUGCAGGCGAGCAGACAGAGCGAGCAGGAGCUGCGCAGUCACAUUUGUAAUCUGACCAACAGUGAACACAGUCUGCGCCCUGAAGUCUCUCUGCUCAGACAUGCAAAUGAACUGCUGCAAAACAAGAUUCAGUGUCUUACCAAAUCCAGACAGAAGGACAAACAAAACUGUUCCUUGCUGGAAAAGAAAAUCAGAAUGGAUACAGAGGCUCGAGUUGCAGUAGAAAAACAACUCACAGAAGUCAGAACCCAAAAAUUUGAUGAAGCAACGAUUUUACUUCGAAGCGCAGCACUCAGGCAAGAACACAGUGAAACUCAAAUGUUGAGGAAAAAAGCUAAAGAUCUAGACUCAGAGUACAAACAACUACAGCUGGAAUAUCAGGAGAAAGAAAAUCGAAUGAUAGCUCUAGAGAAUGAAGUGGAGGUAAAGAACGCGACCCUCCAGAGGAACAGAUGCACGGAGCAGGAAGCAGACGCUUUGCUCUCAGCUCUCUCCUCCUUGCAGGACAAGGCUCAGCAUCUAGAGUACAACCUGAGUGCAGAAACCCGUCUCAAGCUAGACCUCUUCUCAGCGCUCGGAGAUGCACGCAGACAGCUGGAGAUUGCACAAGUUAAAAUUCUGAAACAAGACCACGAGGUCAAAGAAAUGAAGCAGAAGCUUGCUGAAGCGAUGGCCGUGGCUCCAGGUAUGUCGUACAUGGCCCCUAGGUCCUCUAUGCCUCAGUACCUCAAGUUCUUCAACUCUGAGCGCUACAUGCUAAGUCCCAGAGCGCUCAUGUACCAGUGUCUCAAGAAAUAAGACCAGCGAGGACAAAGAGGAUUGUUUUGACUCGACAUUCUGAACACGAGGGCAUCUCUGCUUCAAGGUUUGCCUGAAAACUUUGCCUUUUGACAAUGCCAACAGCCUCUGGUGAGUCUUCAGCUGUGUUUACUGAUUUCAGCAGAGACACUGAGGCCGCUUAUAGGUGACCUUGCUUUGAGAUUCAUUCCAGAUGAAAUCAAAGUUGACUGUAAAUAUAUUGUUGACCAGCGGAUGACCAUCGAAUGCUGAGCAAACCACUGCAAACUGCAUCAAUGGCAAGAUAGCAGUAUAAUGAAAAGUGUGAACUUGAUGAGGAAAACAGUUCAUUGUGAGGACAAGAUAUCCUGUGUUGGGUUUAAAACGAAGAGGCUUUUCUUCAGCCAUGACAAUAACAGGCCAAUGCCUCACUUGGUCAUUCUGUGCCUCAUUAUUUAUGUGAAUUCAAUUUAUAUAACAAGCCAAUAUCAAACGUAAGUCAGUAUGUGAAUAUUUGAGUGCUUUGUACCGUUUUGUAUUCUUUUUACAUUACACACGUUAUAACAGAAU